UUAAAUAUUCCAACGAUACUGGUAAUAGCUUUUAAUGUCGUAUCAAUGGAAAAAAAAAAAUUUUUAUCUCUCUACUAUUAUUAUUAUUAUUAUUAUUAUUAUUAUUAUUAUUACUAUUAUUAUUAACUUUCAAUGGGAAUAGAAGAAACUCUAGGCGUCACUUUUAAUACUAUCGUUUAGAAAAUCGGGAAAAAUUACACAAAGAGGAUGUGCUCGAGCACGCGAGUCGAACAAAGAAAUCGUUUAUCGAUAAGAGAAUGUAAAAAAAGAUUGAAAAGGGGAGAGAAAGAGACAGAGAAGAGAGAGAGAGAAAGAGAGAGAGAGAGAAGGAAGAAGGGUGAAACGAAUCGCUUGACCUUUGAAAAUGAACAAAAUCGAAUGUACGAGUGGUUAACCCCUAAUAACAGGUCUCUAAUGACGAGCAAGAUCGAUUCAGACAUCGUCGCGUUGUGUUGGGUCCUUGCAAUAUCCAGGGUGGGAUGAGCUCAGAGACUUGGUGGGGACCGUUUCUAUAUAAUCGUCGGCAAUGGGGCCCGUCUCUCCACAUCCUAUCAAUGAUCCUGCUGCCACUGACCUUGGUAUUGGUCCUCGCAGCGAUCUGCAACGCAGAACCAGCGAUUAACGAAGUUAGACCUCACAGUAACAGGCCAGGAAGAUUCUUAUCUCUUCCGAUCCCGCAAAAAUGUUCGAACCGACCUAAACAAUUCAAUUUCCGUGGUCACAACUACUUCUACAGCGGACACGUGCCCGCUCACGCUAAUCAAAAAGUCGAUUGGCUUGAUGCUAGAAAUAUUUGCAGAGAAUAUUGUAUGGAUCUAGUAUCUAUGGAAACUCAAGAGGAGAACAAUAUGAUUUUCAGACUUAUACAACAGAACGAUGUCCCGUAUAUUUGGACAUCCGGUCGUCUUUGUGAUUUCAAGGGUUGCGAAAAUCGACGUGAUUUGGAACCUAAAUCAUUGUACGGUUGGUUCUGGUCGGCAAAUCGUGAAAAAAUGUCACCAACUAAUCAGAUACCACCUGGCUGGGGCUUUAAUCCUUGGUCCCAAACUGGACACAAGAAAGUUAGGCAGCCUGAUAACGCGGAAUUCGAUAUAAAUGGUACCAACGAGUCCUGUUUGUCUGUACUUAACAACGUUUACAACGACGGCAUCGCUUGGCACGAUGUUGCUUGCUACCACGAGAAACCUUUCGUUUGCGAAGAUUCCGAGGAGCUCCUCAAUUAUGUCGCAAAUACCAACCGUGGUAUCCGUCUGUAAGAGGUCUACGCCUCCACAGGCCAACGUGAUAUCACGACGGUCCUUCUCAUCAGAGUCAUCAACACCCACCCUUUUUUCCUUCUCUCCGCUUUUACAUUGCAAACGAGAAACGUAAACAUAAUAAAAUUUUCAAUGAAACAGGUGUACAGAUGAUGAAAUAAUACGAUUUUAAUAAUGCUAAUAUUUUCCUUCAUGAAGAAACUCGUUCUCACUUAAUUAUUCUUAAUUGAUCUUUUCUCUUCUAUAAAGAAAUUUUUCUCUCCUAAAAGUAUGGGAAUUAUUCGUAACGCCGUUAGUAAUUAUGUGCUCUAAUUAUUUUCGAUUGCCUGUUAUAACAAAACGAAUAUUAAUUUUUAACAUGAUCAGAUGAAACUGUGAUCUUUUAAUACAAAAUUGUAUUUGUUAACAUAACUUAUAACGUGUCUCGUUGUUGCAACUUUUUCCUUCCUUCUUCAUUAUCCGAUGAAGUUCAGCUAUAACUCUUGCACUUCGUCCAAUGUGUAAUUACGAUAUUUCCGAUAAAGAGUAAUUCAUUAUGUACACGUAUUUAUUGAUAGAUAUCUGGCUGACAGUUUCUGUACAUUUAUGAAUAAAUCGUAAACGUAGGUCUAGUAA